UGAAUGUCUUCUCUUUAUUAGUUGAAAUAGGGGAAGCAGUGAGGCACCUAGCAAGUUAUUCGUCAUCCUAUAUACGUUUGGUCCUAUUACCCAAAGCUAACAGCCAGAUACGUGUUGCUCAUGCGAUACGACGGUGAGGCCCCCCACGAUCACGCGUCAUUAUUAAUGUAUAGUGGUUCACCAUGAAAGAUGACACCUCUCCAUCUCGUGUUACGUGCGCUUUACCGAUGGUGUCGGAGAACUUUCCCUUGUCCAGUUGGCAGCAGCAAAAUGAGAGGGCGGGGAGCUGAAAUGUCCAGGAAGGACUGCGUGAAAGUGGCUGUUCGAGUCCGGCCCUUCAACAAGAGAGAGCGGGAUGCAGGCAGCCGCUGUGUCAUUUCCAUGGGUCCCAACGCCACCAGCAUCCUCGAUCCACGCACACAGCAGGCGCGCACUUUCACCUUCGACUACGCCUACUGGUCUCACAGCGGCUUUGUCCGGAACAAAGAUGGCCUCUUCGUCCCAGAGGAACCAGGGAGCCGCUAUGCAGACCAGAACAGCGUGUUCCAGGACCUGGGACAAGGCAUCCUGGAGAAUGCCCUGCAGGGCUAUAAUGCUACUCUUUUAGCAUACGGCCAGACGGGUUCUGGGAAGAGCUACUCUAUGAUCGGUUAUGGCCCCAACAAGGGUCUGGUGCCAUCCCUCUGUGAGAGGCUGUUCCAGGCCAUCAAGGUGAACCAGGAGAGUCGGCGGUGCCAGCUGUUUUUCAGCAUGCUGGAAAUCUACAACGAACAGGUGAUUGACCUGCUCUCGAGGGGCCCGCGCUUGUGUGGGGGCCUGAAAGUGAGGGAGGACCAGCAGCGUGGUUUUUACGUGGAGGGUUUGCGGAGGGUGCCUUGCGAAAGCGCCACCCAGGUGGCGCAGCUGAUGGAGCAGGGCACGCGCACGCGCACCACCGCCUCCACCCACAUGAACGCCAGCAGCAGCCGCUCCCACAUGCUCAUCAUUUUGCAGCUCAAGCAGAUUUUCUCCAAGGAGAACACCACCAAGGAGUCAAACAUGAACCUCGUUGACCUGGCAGGGAGUGAGAGACAGAGGACCUUGACAUCCGAAGCCGACCGGCUGAAAGAGGGAGCAGCCAUCAACCUUAGCCUGACCACCCUGGGCAAUGUCAUCAGGUCACAAAGGAUUAGGGCCAUUUACUUGACAAAAAACCUCGGAGGGAAUCUUACAACGCUACAUAAAUCACACAGCACCCACAGUUCUCUGGCGGAGGUGGCGAUGGGAAAGCGGGCGGUAUACGUCCCGUACAGGGACUCGGUACUCACCAAGCUGCUGCAGUCUGCGUUGGGGGGCAACAGCCGCACCAUCAUGAUGGCAACCUUGAGCCCAGCGGAUACAUGCUAUGAAGAAUCUCUCUCCACAUUACGCUAUGCAGAAAGGGCAAAGCGGAUUCAGAACAGGGCCGUGGUGAACGAGAGCCCCACUGAGCGUCUCCUGAAGGAGCUGAAGGCUGAGAAUGCCAAGCUGCAUCUGCGCCUGGCCCGUCUGGGGCACGAGGGCCGCCAGGCAGACGAUCAGACAAAGGAGCUACGUAAGUUACUGACUCACAAUGAGCUGCAGAUCCGUGCCAUUCAGACCCUGUGGGAACAGCACUUGCAGGAAGCACUCAGGGACUGGGAGCAGCAAUAUGCUACUAUUACUCAGGAGAGGAGGAUGAUUCAGAUGUACCCCUACAUCCUUAACAUCAAUGAAGACCCUCAGCUCUCUGGAGUGAUCAAGCUUUUUAUCCAGGAAGGUGAAUGGGACAUAGGACUGUCAGACUCGACACCCCGUGCCAUCACUAUUAAAGGACUUGGCAUUCAGGCCAAACAUGCGGUAUUUACCAACGUAGAGCGCAGGGUGUCCAUCACCCCGGUGGGACAGGCCAAGGUCAUUGUCAACGGAGCGUCUGUCCCCUGCAAAACACAGCUGCAGCACUUGGACAGGCUCAUCCUUGGUUCCAACAGCACAUACCUUUUCAUUGGCUUUCCCUCGGAGCGGGACGGAAAUGAUUGGAGUCGCUAUGACUACGACUAUUUUCAGUCUGAGCUGGCUGCUGCGGAGGGCAUCCACAUUCACUCGCUAUGUGAGGAGAAGAGCUUGGGAAGCCCCAGUGGGGGGCACGGCCAGCCAGACCCCAGCUUGCUGGCGGUAUUCUAUGACUACAUCAAGCUAAUGCCCAUGGUGGCAGAGGCCAAUCAAAUGAGUCAGGAACUCAACAAGGGAGUUGUUUUCAAGCUUGAGAUCAAGAACCUCGCCAUGUCUGAUUCCAAGGGUCAUGACCUUGAAAAAGAGAUUGCUGUUAGGGUUAUGUUGGUGGAAAACAAGCAAGUGUGGAUGUGGUCCAAAGCCAAGUUUAUCAAUCGUAAGUUUUUAAUGGAGGAGGUGUACCAGCAGCAGGUGGUGCAGGGGGAGUGGUGUGACGGAUCAGCCCCCCCCAGGGAUGAAGACCCCUUCUGGGACCCGCUGGAGCCGCUCCACCUGGGCAGCGCUCACCUCUGGCUGCAGUCGCUGGCCUUCCGAUUACAAUUAGAAGAGCAGGUGGAGAUGCUGGGGCCCGAGGGAACUGAAGAGGCCGUGCUGCAGUUACAGAUGGUCCCCUGCAGCCCAGCAGGAUUGCCUCUUGGUGAAGACGGCAUCCUUAUCGACCCUAGCGAGCUGCUGGGGAGGAGACUGGACUUCCAGUUGGUGUUGGAGCAGUGCGCCGGCAUACGCUGGCUGAGAGAGGCCAAGGACCGCGGCGUGCAGAUUGCGUUCAGGGUGUACAAUAUCCCCCAGCCCUUCUACACAGCACCAGUAUGGCACAAUGUGAACCCCCUGCUGGACUACAGGCUGCAGUUCACCGUGAUCAAUACUUGCCAAGACUUCCUCAGCUAUCUGCAGACCAGUGCCCUGGUGCUGGAGCUUUGGGGGCUGCAGGAAGGGUGCAAGGAAAUGACCUCGUCACAGGAGGGCCUUAGACUGACAGCAGAAGGCAGCGUCGUCAUUGAUGAGGCCAGCGCACUCAACACUAUGCUGCUAGAGGAGAGCCUCCCCUCGGACUUGAGCUCUUCCCAGCAAGCGAUGCACCAGGACUUGGAGAAGCUGAGGAACCUUAACGCUGCCCUGAGGAAGGAGAACAGUGCACUGCGGGAUCAGCUGAGUGGCACACGGGAGAACAUGGACCUCAGUAACAAGGCGGACAGGCGGGGGAGCCUGAGACCUAGUUGUGAUGCAGAACUCGCCCGGGCCCUUAAGGUCUUCUACCAUGACAUGAAUGCUGUUAGGAGCCAGCUUCAGAAGGUGCGCAGACACAAGCCCAAGGAGGAUGUGGACCUCUCCAGCCUGACCCUCUUUGUGGAAGAGCAGGGUCUCCUCCUGAAGGACUUCGCGGAGCAGCUGGAACAGAGCAUCACUGCACUCAAGCAGGACGUGGCUGCUAUCAUUCGGAAGAAGAGGGAGAAAUCUGGCAUUUGGUCCUGAAACCGGUUAUUCCUUAAAGUGUAGAGUUUUCCAGAAUUUUCAAUCACUGUUUUCACAGAUCUCACAAACGAUCUUAAGCACCCUUAUCAAAUCUCAUUGGUCUCACUCAUCCUCUUAUCCAGGGGCCUGUAUCACGAAGCAGGAUUUUAGGUGCCCCAGUUUAAAUUGACCUUACCUUUGUCCACUUACAUUUAGCCCAGACUACCUUAAAUCCAACAAGUUAUCCGACUAAGCCAGAAAUCUGGCUUCAUGAUAUGGGCAUCGGCGGAGUUUCCCUGUCUUUGUAACACAGAGAAAACAUGCAGACUCCAUACAGAGGAAAAGUGGGAACCAAACCUCUGACCUUGCAGAUGGACGCCAACAGCGCUAACCACUCUGCUACAAUGCCAUUUCAUAACAGGUUCUCUAAUUUUGUAUUCAACUUACAAUUGCACUGAUUUUAUGAAAAAGUAUAGGACCUGCUGAAUAUUACUGUUCAAUUAACGGCAUAUCCAAUAUCAUAGGUUAUACAAUCUUUAUUUAGUUGGAAAAUAACUCACGAAACAGGUGCAAUACUGCAAACAAACCCAGAGAGAUCAGCGAUCAGGACAGAACAGUCUGCUGAUCACAUCACAAAGAGAAGUAAAGCUUGACCGCUCAUCGCAUUUAGACAUGCUCUCGCUCAGCUGCAGAAUGGGUUGUGCAAGUUCAACAGCUGCUAAUACCACAAACCUCUAAUUUCUAUUCUUUACAUGAGCAGUAAUAUUAUUUUCUACUACGAGCCGAGUGCAUUUUGAUCAUAAAAUUAUAAUAAAGGGACAUUUAAAAGAAAA